AUGCAUGGGAAUGGUCUGCCGGAUUUAAUUCAAAGCAGACGACAAAAGCAUCAUGGUUCAAAGCAGCUUUAUAGACCCUACAGAAAAGUGAAACGCACCCGAACAGCUUUCGCCCCAGAUCAACUCCUAAGCCUGGAAAUGGCAUUUGAAAAAAACCAUUACUUAGUCGGACGUGAGAGGAAGGAACUCGCAAAUAAUCUUUUUCUAACAGAAACACAGACUUAA